AUGUGGAGUUCCUGCGCUCAGUCCUGCCCCAGGCCACAGACCCCGACUUCUUCCAGUUCCUGCAAGGCCUGGACUGCUCUGGCGUCACGCUCCGUGCCAUCCCAGAGGGCACUGUGGUGUUUGCGAGGGUGCCUCUGAUGGAGGUGGCAGGUCCGCUCGCUGUUGUUCAACUGCUGGAGACUAGUCUAUUGUGUCUGGUCAACUACGCCAGUCUGGUGUGCAGCAACGCGGCACGUUUCCGCCUGGCGGCCGGCCCCAAGAGGAAGCUGUUGGAACUGGGCCUCAGGAGGGCCCAGGGACCAGAUGGAGGGCUCACCGCCUCACGAUACACACACAUUGGAGGGUUUGAUUUCACCAGUAACGUUCAGGCUGGUUUCCAGUAUGGGGUGCCAGUUGCAGGGACCAUGGCACACUCCUACGUCACGUCCUUUACCUCCCUGGAGGAAGUCUUGCCAAAAACUCUUGUUGCGGUGAACGGGGACUCCACUCCAGUGGAUAUCAUUUUGUUGACAAAGGGCUGGUUGAGUCGUGUGUGUGAGCUCCUGGGAUCGCAGCCUGGGAAGAUCCACGAGGGCGAGUUGGCGGCCUUUUUGUCCUACGCCAUCGCCUACCCUCAGAACUUCCUCCCUGUGAUUGACAGCUUCAGCGUCGGCUG